CCGAAGCAAGGACCGGAGGAUGAAGGGGAAAAGCUGAAGUAACCUACUGAAAUAAAGAAUAGCAUCGUACGUGGUCCGGUCGGUUAUGAGCAUGUACAGAGUGAGAGAGAGGACGCGGGAGGAACUGCCGGGGCUGCGAACUCAUGACAGGGAUCGGAGCAAGAGCAGAGCAGAGCAGAUAUUUUGACAGCAGCGGACGGGACCCAUGGAAAAAAGAAUGCUUAAACCCUGGCUGCUGGUAAAACCCGAGAAAAGGCCGCAACGGUGGCGUACAGAAUAAUAGGUCAGGCAGUCAGUCAGUCAGCGCCACGGACGGAAAUAGGUCAGCGACGACGAGGUGCCAGCCCCGAUCGUCGACAGCCAAAUGGGUCUUGGCACGACCGAGCCUCCGUUACGAUUCAUAGCCCCGCGCUUUCGUUUCCUCGUCGUCUGAUCGAGUCCUUCCUGCGCAAUUUGCCAAUUUGCUUCGGCGCAUCGCCCUUUCGCGAUGCGCGAUGCUGUUGCGAAUGGGAUUCUCUGGAGCUGCGUGAUGUGAACGCGGGUGUCCUUUCGGUAUUUUCGCUCUGCUCGAGGCAACAUGCUGGGAGCCUCAGGGUCAGCUCUCGGUACCUGAGCACUCACUUUGAAAGUCGCUCAGCUCCACCUUGCUCUUGCGGAAGCCAUCGGGCUUAGCCGCAAGAGGUGAUGGCGCAUGGUGGAUAUGGGAAGAGGAGGGUCGCUGGGAGACCAGCUUUCUCUUCUGGUGAUAAGAGCAGCGGGGGCCGAGGGCUCCCUCGUGUCAAGGGAGCACAUGGAGUUCGUAAGGAUGCUGAGAACAAAAAAUCGAAGAUUGUGUCUAUAAAAAAUCAGAUUCGCUCAAUAGAACGUCUUCUGAAGAAGCCACUUCUAUUAGAAGAAGUGAAGGAUGCACAGGAAAAGCGACUCGAAGAUUUGAAGAAGCAAGCAGAGCAACAUGCUCGGAGUGAAUUGGAGCGAAAAAUGUCCUUGCGAUAUCGGAAAGUCAAGUUCUUUGAAAGAAGGAAGAUUGAAAGAAGAAUUCGGAGAGCUGAGAAACAACUUCGUACAUUGGGCGAUCAAAAUUCAGCGGAGGGUCUGGAACUGGCUCAACAGCUUCAACAACUGAAAGAAGAUCUUGAGUAUGUAAAAUUUUUCCCGAAGACAGAAAAGUAUGUGGCGUUGUUUGCUGGAAGCGAUGAUGAGCUGGUAGCUGUACGAAACGAACUGCGAGAACGUAUCAAAGCGAACAUAGCCGCUGCAGCAGCUGCUGGGGUGGAUCUUGAGGAAACUGGAAGUGAAGAUGAGGCAAUGGAUUUGAGCGAAGACGACUUUUUCAUGGCUGGUUCCUCAAGUGAUGAUGCAGAUGCCGAUGAUGAGCUCACCGAUAAAAGCCCAAGGCUUGGAGAUGGAGACGAUGUUCCUAAACAAGUGCUUCCAACUCCUAGAAUUGCAUUAAGUAAGAGACCAUCCAAAAGUUCUGACAGAUCAUCUAAGCGCCCUCCUUUCCCGUCUAAAGAUGGUAACAAAGAUGAGAGACAAAAAUCAGCGAAAUCCUUUUCGCAAGGAGGACCCUCUCGAUUGAAGUCUCGUACCCCAACCAAACAGACUGCUGUCAAACCAUGGACGUCCUCUUCCGGUGGUGGAAACAGCCGACCAUCUUCUUCUACAGGGAACAGUCGACCAUCCUCUUCUGCCGGGAAUAGCAGACAACCCUCUCUUGCUGGAAACAGUAAAUCACCAUCUUUUGCUGGAUACAGUAGACCAUCGUCGUUUGCCGCUAACAGCAGGCCAUCAUCUUCCGCAGUGAAUAGUAGGAAACAACUCAAUAAGCCAGUAAUGAGACCGGCACGUCACUCCAGUGUUAGUGAUGAGAAUACAAAAGGGAGAAGUUCAGUCACAUCCAGCCACAGCGUCGAUGAUGCUCAACAACCCAAGAAGCGGAAGCGUACCCGCCCAAAGAAGAAGAAAUAAAUUCAACAAUCAUAGGAGGUUAUUUUGUUUUUUUUGCUUUGUGUACAAGCGUUUCCAUUGAGGAUGUACACGUGGUGGCUGGGAGUUUUGAGUAGGCAGCACUUUUUUUUGUUAUUCAUGGGCCAGUUGAGUAUUGUGUAAAGAACCGCAUUGCAUUGUUGACUAGUUUGGAACUACCACAGUACAUACUCUACGGGGAUCUUACAAGUCUUGUGUAAAUAAGGAAUUUCAGUCGAGCUGUAAUUUCUAUUCACGACCAAUGGAUUGAGAAACACGACUUACGUCUCUGUGCCGAUGAUCGUGUUCUCGGUGGAACUGAUGU